GGCUCUUCCCCUCCCCCGCCUUCAACUUCCUCUUCUUCCCUGUUGGGCCCUCGGCUGCGCUGCACUCUCCGCCCCAGUUCGCAGAUUUCCGCCCACCUUCCGCAUCGCCUCGCCGCAGCUAGCGGGGUGCUGUUUCCCCCCCUCUGGUAGGAGUUGGUGAAGGUGAGACUCAUGAGGGAAUACAAGGUAGUGGUGUUAGGGAGCGGAGGGGUUGGCAAAUCUGCCCUGACUGUGCAGUUUGUCACCGGGACUUUCAUUGAGAAAUAUGACCCCACCAUUGAAGAUUUCUACCGCAAAGAGAUCGAAGUGGACUCUUCCCCCUCCGUGCUGGAAAUUCUGGACACCGCAGGAACUGAGCAGUUUGCCUCCAUGAGAGAUCUCUACAUCAAAAACGGCCAAGGUUUCAUCCUGGUUUAUAGUCUGGUUAACCAGCAGUCUUUUCAGGAUAUCAAGCCAAUGAGAGAUCAGAUUGUCAGAGUGAAGAGAUACGAAAAAGUCCCACUAAUCCUAGUAGGAAAUAAAGUGGAUCUGGAACCAGAAAGAGAGGUUAUGUCUUCCGAAGGCAGAGCUCUGGCUCAAGAAUGGGGCUGUCCUUUCAUGGAGACAUCGGCAAAAAGUAAAUCAAUGGUGGAUGAACUUUUUGCUGAGAUCGUCAGGCAAAUGAACUAUUCAUCCCUGCCCGAGAAGCAAGAUCAGUGUUGUACAACUUGCGUUGUCCAGUAAAAAAGAUAAAGAUAACCUCAAUCAUGGCCAUACCGAGCAGAUAAAACUCAGAGGAAAUUUGCACAUAUGCUGCUUUGGAGAACUUUACAACCUGGGUUGCAGAACUGAGCCUUGGUAAACCUGUCUCUAUUACAGCAUGUUGCCAUACAUCCAAUUAAGUGCAUAAGGUCUUUGGCCUUCAAGAUCCAUCGACCUUAAACGGGAAUGCUUAGCACGUUUACCAUAUGUUUAAAAUCUGUUCUUUAUCAAUCAGUCCUUUUAUAGCUUUUUAAGUUCUUAUUGAUGGCUAAUUAUGCAAGAUUAAUUUUUAAUAUUUUAAUUGAUUUCUUUAAUCAGUUUCUCAACUUGUAUUUAUUAAAUACUCAAACUCAGUAUUACCUACUCAAUGCCUUUUAAAAGAAAGUUAUAAUGGAGAAAAAAUUGAGCCUUAAACAAAUGGUUACUUCUGUAUAUUACCUCGCACCAGUGCUUCAUUCUAUUUGUAAAAUCUUUCUCCUUAAAUGGUUGGUUAAUACUUUGAGACUUUGUUUACGUGUGGCAGUGUUGUAAAAAGAAACUAAAGAUCACAUUUUUGCCUGUAUGGAUGCAAUAUCCCUUUUCAUCAAGUGCAGUUUGUGAUAUGUUUUUGUAACUAACAUGUACUGAAAGUUACAAUUGGUAUUUGAAAUAGACUGUAGAGCGUUUAGCUGAAGAGUUAAGCAUUCAAUUCCAUUAGGUUUUCACAUGUUUUAAUCUCAUUUACAGCAUCAAAUUGCAGCAGUAACAUUUUCCUUUCUGUGGAGUUCUAAAUUUAGUUAUGACCUACUUAGCAAUGCCUUUGAAAAGGGAUAUUGUGUCCAUGGUAAAUUAAUUGUAUACCUAAACAGAGAUAGCUCGGCUUUGCCUGUCAGGCUUGUAAUUGACAUCGAGUAGACCUCUGCACAUGUAAAUUGAAUUCAAAUAAAAUCAUACACACUUUCUAGUUCUUAAUAUUUGUCUUUCUGAAUACUAGUUUAAAGCAAUAUUUGUUAACAUUUUCUUGCACUAUCACAAUUGCUUUUUAGUUAUUUUCCAAGAAGCAUGUUCGUAGUAGAGACAAAAUCUGUGUAACAGGAGGGAGAAUAGUGCUGUCUCUGGGCUUUUUUUGUUUUUGUUUUUGCAGAUGUGCUUCUAAUAGCCAUUGCCUUCCAUGUUGUUUACCUAAUCAGCACAUUUUGUCUGAAUACUUGAACAUUUUAACAGUAACACAGGUAUAGAAGCAGAAAGAAAACUUACAGACAGUAGUCUUUUGGUUCAGUUUUAACAUCAUGACAACGGGCGCUUUUUCUAGCAAUGAUUUUAAAUUUUGUAAGUUUGACAGUAUUUUGUUGUUGGGUUUCUCUUUGGUUUUAGUUGUGUGCUUUUAAUUUGCAGAAGUUAGUAAUUGCAGCUCACCUACUGCACCAAAGUUCUUGAUUUUAGGAGCCCAGCUUUAGUUAUUUGAACAUGCUUCUAAAUAAAACAAAACAAACAAAAAACCAAAACUAUAGUUUUGAUCUAUAAUAAUAGCUCAAUAACUUUGUCAAGGAAAGCUCUAAUAUAUGCAGUGAUGGUUUAUGGAAGGGUGUGGCAAUUUUAAAUUUGUAUUGUGUGUGAUGUUCCAAUAAAGUGAUAGCUACAUUCAUGUGAUUGAUUGGUCGGCAUGACCAUUAAUUAUUGAGUAGAAAUUGAUUAAACUUUAAUUUCCUUUUUUAAAAUCGCGUUGCAUUUGAUUCCUGAUCAAAUUCCCUCAAAGUGAAAUCAUGUUUUUCGAUUCUGAAUUUUAUGGUGAGACUGUAACUGUGAAGACAGUUGAAACAUUGUUCCUUGUUAAUAAACUGCUUGAAAUGAGUACCUAAUUUAAGUUUGCACCUUCAUACCAAACUUAAAACCAAACGCUCAAUUCAAAGUCGGUUAAGUGAUUGUGGUUCAUCUUUAUUAGCUGUGUGAAAUUAUAAAGGAAUCAAAUAAUUCAUGAUGAUUUCAAUUCUCUGCAGAUUAUUGUUUUUGUAUACAGUAUUUCUUUCCUAUGGGUAGUUUUCUCUCUUACUCACUCUCUCUCGCAAAAGAAAUUACAGUGUUCGUUGUCAUUGACCUCAGCAGCAAAUUUAACUUGAAUUCGCUUAGGAUGACAGGAAUCAGGGGGAAGUGAUUUAAAGGUGGUUUCUCCAGCACAUUUUAAGAAAAGGGACCAAAAGUUAUUUUAGCUUCCUCAAUAGAUUGCAUGUCAAGUUGCUUAUUAGGAGAAUAAAUUAAUAUUAAAUGCAAUAUAUGUCUUGUCUUUACUAUGGCAUCUAUUUAGGAGUUGUUCAAAUCACUGCAGUAGGGCUCUGCAAAUAAAAAUCCUGUAACCUAUUCAUGGAUCUAAUGUACUGUAACUUUAUCAGUAAAAGGUAAAAUCUGGAAUAAGUGCAAACAUUGAACAAUGACCUAUACAAAUUUGUAAAAUUUUUCCAAUAGAUUACAUUCUUGUCAUUUUGUAAGACAACCCUGCAGUCCACCUGUUUGUAACUUUUUUAAUAAAAUAGACAUCUGUAUUACUGA